AUGGAAUCUUCAGAUAAAUUAUUAGAAGAUAAAUUUUUGAAGAAAGAGUCUUCAGAAGAGAAGAAAUUUUCAGAGAUAAAAUCUUUGAAAAUGAAAUCUUCAGAGAAAAAGUCUUCAGAAGAGGAGAAAUCUUCAGAAAUGAAAUUUUUAAAAAUAAAAUCUUUAGAGAAAAAGUCUUCAGAGAAAUACUUCUCAGAGAAGAAAUCUUUGAAGAAGAAGAAAUCUUUGAAGAAGAAGAAAUCUUUGAAGAAGAAGAAAUCUUUGAAGAAGAAGAAAUCUUCAGAGAAGAAGAAAUCUUCAGAGAAGAAGAAAUCUUUGAAUGUGAAGUCUUUGAAGAUAAAAUCUUCAGAGAAAGAGUCUUCAGAGAAAUACUUCUCAGAGAAAUAG